AUGACUUCUUCCUACCCUGCACAGUCCGUCACCAUGGAGGAUCCAGACCAAGGCUGGAAGCCAAACAACCGCCCUCAAUCCACGGUAGCGCGCAACUUCAUGUCAGAGCUCGACAGCCUCUUCAACUUGGACGGCGGCCUCGAGAACCUGGACAAGACUGUCCUUGAGAAGAAGCAGGCAGUCACAACCCAGACCAAGGAGCUUGAAGCCCUCGAGGCAAGGCUCAAGGCCGCCGAAGAGCGCCUGAACCAGGCAAAGAGCAACUCUCCACCAGCGAAGCGGGACACGCACCGCGAACAAGACAACGCUCGGUUACAAGGGGCCGCCAGCCCCCUUGCCCAAAAGACCCAAAACAUGCCAGGUGCGCUACCAGAGACACCGACUCCUACAUCGACUACCAGUGCUGACUAUGUCCUGGUAGAGCGGCCACUUUCUGCCAAGCCUGAGACGGCAUACUUUGAGCACAGGCCUGGUAGCCUCGUAGCAGACUCACCGACACAUGCAUCUUCUGCGUCGCAAUCUCACCAGGCCUGCAAUAUGGACGACGUAACGGAGGCUGCCCUGAUCAAAACGUUCGACAAACUUGCAUCAGAACAUGUCAUCUUAUACGGGCCCUAUGAGUCGAUCGAAGUGGAAGAUGAAGGGUACCCUAUGGAGUUUCGCAUCUGCCCAGCACUAGCUACAAAACCUCACACAGUGGGAGCUACCAACCAUGCCUUCAAUCAAUCGCGAAAAUUGGGCCCAGGAAGCGACAUGUUUUGCCCGGACGAGCGAAUCAUGAUCAAGCAGAUCAACGGAACGCACGACUUAGCACUGAACCUAUUCUGUGUGGAUAAGCCGCAGUUACUGAUGACGACCUUGGACUCGUACAAGCGUCAACACGAGGCUCUUGACGCAGACGAUUUUACAGUCAUGCUUGAAGUUUUGCGAAAGCUUCCAAACAUGUACGUCAUCUUCAACUGUGGGGAGAGAGGUGGAUGCAGUAGGGUGCACAAGCAUCUCCAGGGCUUGAAGGGGCCACCACAUGCUUUCGACUAUAUCAUCUCCUCUCUUCACGAUUCGUCGAAGAAGGUACCUUAUCAGUUCUUCGUUCAUGAGUUCAAGCAUGGGUUCAAGGACACUUCAGCCUCAACCGUUGUUGAUGCGUACAAAAAGCUUCUCUCACAGUGUCAGUCAUCUAUGGGAACUGAAGAAGAUGAUACUCCUCCACACAACGUCGUCAUGUGGGCUGAUCGUCUCGUGGUUGUUCCACGUCGGGCAGGUACCACAGAAGGAGCAAGUGCGAAUGCUGGAGGAAUGCUGGGAAGUGUAUGGGUAACCGGCAAAGAACAUGUGGAUAAAUGGUCUAGGGUCGGCUAUGCGAACGUGUUGAGGGAGUUGGGCGUUCCACGUUCCUAA